UCCUUCCGAGUGGAAAAUGAGUAUUCUGCAGCCAGCUUUUAAUAUAUUAAUCGUCUGUGGAUGCUGGAUACCACCGUCUUGUCGGACAUUCUACGGAAAGUUGUUGUACGCUGCAUACACGGCGUUCGUGAUUUUUCUAUUGUGCAGUUUCUGCAUCUCGCAAUUUCUGAACGUGAUACUGAACGUAAGAACGGCGGAAGAGUUAAGCGACAGCUUCUACAUGUUCAUCGCGUCCAUUCUUUCCUGUUGCAAGAUCUUUACGCUUCUGGUCAACCAUAAAGCGAUUAGAAUCCUCAGCAGGAAGCUCGACGAGGAGCCUUGUAAACCAAUAGAUGAGCAGGAGAUUACGAUCCGAAGAAGAUUCGACAAAAGCAUCGGGUCGAUCACGAUCUACUACACGAUUAUGGUGAUGCUUACGGUUGCCUGUAUGAUAUUAUUUUCGUUCCUCACUGACUUCGGCGACCGGAAGCUCGCGUACAAAGCCUGGCUGCCUUUCAACUAUUCUGUGUCCAAUUGCUAUUACAUCGCGUACGCUCAUCAGAUCAUCGCACUGAUUGGCACGGCGCUUCUAAACGUGGCCUGUGAUGUGCUGGUUUGCGGGUUGCUCGUUCACGUCUGCGGCCAGCAAGAAAUCCUGAAGCAUAGAGUAAUGGAACUGAAGAAAGAACCGAGACCUGACAUUGGAAAAAUCGUGCGUUUUCACGAUUAUUUAUACGGGUCAGUGUUAUCCGUUAGAAUAAAUAAAUAG